AUGGCCCCGAAAAGUUUAGACGGAAAGCCCAAGGCCAUCUUCAAGAAUAUCGUGGUUGCCUUGGCUGGCAAAAUGAGCGGAGAUUUCACAGAUGAAAAGCUCACCGAGUGGAUGAAGCUCCGAGGUGGAAGUUUCUCGGCUGAGUUUGAUAACUCGGUUACACACCUGGUCGCAUCAAAAGAACAGUUCAAGAAGAAGGUGCCUCGAGUCAAGGAGGCUUUGAACCGAAAGAAGGUCGAGAUUGUUGACCCCAACUGGCUCGAAAUGUCUAUGGUUGACAACAAGAGGCGUGACCUCAAGCAUUACUCAUUCAGGGCCAAACACAACCGACUCAAGGCCAAGCAGGCCAAGGCCAAUAAGGCGGCCAGGGGUAUCGAGCAGGACGCACGCAACUACGUCAAUACUCACCUCUACCACGUCUACAGCGACGAGACUGUCUUUCGCUACCAGAUCGAGUUGGUGAAAAAUGACGGCGCACGUAUGUACCUUGAACUGUGGGAGUCCAACAACAAGCCACAUUUAUACUUCUUCGCCCUCCGCUACAUCCGUUGCAAGGGCGCGCCGAUGAUAUACCAAAGAGAGAGCGAGACACCCGGCCCUUUCGACCGCGAGUCUGAUAUGUUUCGUAAAGCCUUUUGCGAUAAGGUAGGCAUACUCUGGAAUGAUCGCAUGGAUGAGGCCGACGGAACCGGCUUGGUCAAACCGGUUAAGGGCAAGAUGUACUCCUAUCAGAUCCCCACACUUGGUAAGCCCGUUGGUCAUGUCCGGGGUAAGGUUUGGGAGCGACCUGAGGAGAACCAGGACCAGCCCAACAUCAGUGGAAGCACGUCCAGCUUCGGUGACGGCGAGUCGUCCAGCAGUAGCGCUGCUUCCACGGGCAAUAGCGGAAAGUCGUCUAGCACCAACGUCGCCGCAGCCGGCGAGUCAUCUGGCAACCCCUAUGCCUCGAUUUUUGGCAAUGGGGAAGCGUCUAGCAGCGGAAAGGGCACGAAGGUGAGUAAAGCCAAGCUCACUAUUCGCAACAGCACCGCUGAUGCUGGUGUCGCUACCAAGGACAAGGGCAGGAAUGUCAUUCGCAACGGAGAGGGCUUCAACAGCCACGCCGCACACAAGGACGGCCGAGGCACGUCCGCAUCAUCUGCGAUCGCUAUCGAUGACGACGACGAACAAACCGGUUUUGGCUCGUUCACGGGUUUCGAUGCCCUCCAAGACUAUAACAAGGGCAAGAUCAAUGAAGCUGGCCAGCCAAUUACUGGACAGGACACUACCAUGACGGAUGCGGCUCCUUCGGGCGCGCCAGCUGAGCUGAAGUCACCUGCCCUGCCGAUGACGCCACUUCCCAUCACACCCGAGAAGCUCAUCGUUCCGUGUGAGCCUAAUGCACCGCGCAAGGCCGGUCCGCCUGUCGCCCCGGGCGAGAGCUCCAACGCCACUAAGGCCCCUUCUGAGAGCCAGCCGAAGAUUCUCAACGGGACCGCCCCUGCUCCUUGGAUGAACGACGCGCAGAUUGAGGCUUUGGGAGUCCUGAAUGCACGAAGGGAGAGGGAGAAAGCUCUCAAGGCGGCAAAUGCGAGGGCGAGGGCUCUCAACAAGAAGAAGCUACCGACCGUCGCCAGUAUCCACGCACAGGCGAAGGUCGACACGGAAAAGAAAUCUGAGGCUGCAAAGGAGAGCAAGGGCCAGGAGUCCGGAUCUGCCCCCACCGCGAUCAAUCCCCAGCCUGAGAAGACGGCUAUCACAGCCUACAGCGCAAAACACCAAAAGAACAUCACCAGGCCGGCCCCUGCCGCGGAUCCCCAGCAGACGCCCAACGCCGCUGCCGGCAACGCCGCUACUAAUGAGCAGGAGCUUCUUGCCAACGAACAGAAACUCCUCUCCGUCAAGCGCAAGCAGCCCGAGCCCUCUGUCCGCCGCGAUCUGGAUGACCUCCAGAGUGCCGCUGGCGCUGGUGCCGGCGCCAUUGCCCCUGCCGGCGCCACCGCUGCGGACGAUGACACGACGACUGCUCCAUGCCCUGCCAAGCGAGCCAAGACGGCGGGAUCCGCCAAGAAGGCGAAACCGAAACAGAAGAAAAAGAACCAGGACGGCGCCUCGGCGUACGAUAUUGGCGGGGGCGAUGACGCCGACGUCGAGGACCUCAGCGACGGCGACUUCGACCCCGACGAGGACGAGGACAGCCCGCCGCCCGAGGAGCCCGCGGCCGACAAGGUUGCGGGCCUGCAGGACCUGAUGGCGCUGGACGCGCGCGAGGCCGAUGCGCAGGGCGCGCAGGAUUCGGCCACGGGCGAGGCGGCGGCGGACGCCGAGACGGACGACACCGAUAGCAGCGACGACUCGGGAUACGAGUCCAGGGCUGUUCCGUCUGGCGGAUGCGGCAUUCAGCCUGCCGGAGCUGGUGGACAGCCCGGCGAGGACAAGACUGUGGUGGAGCCCCAGUGA